UAAUUGUUGACACUGCACCCAAGCAUUCGGUGCUGUAAUGACGUAAGAGAUGUGGAGCCGGUAAUUGUGUGUGGUCGUUUUGUGUAUGUCGCUUGUUUAAAUACGCCAAUGUCUGUGAUAAUAAAAAUCGCCGAAAGAUGCUGCUCGAAAUUUGCGACAACAUAAAGACUGCUGUGGAACAUGGAAGAACAGACAUAAUUAAAUCACUUUUGGAAGCAUGUGAUGAUGAUCCUGACGAAAAUGUGACAAAAGAUCGUAUUUUGAAUCAACCUUUGUUGGAAGAAGGGACGUUUCUGUGCCUAGCUACGAAGUUGCAUCGAGGUGAUGUCGUACGGACGCUGUUAUCCUGUGGAGCUGAUCCGGGUGUCCAGAACAGCCAGGGAAUGAAUGCUGUGGAUGCAGCAGUUGGCUCUCCUACUAUGAGGCACAUCUAUGUAGAAGAACUUCUUCGAGCGACAGCAAAUUCUGAGGUGGGCCGCGUGUGCCAGCUGGUGGCCGCAGGAAUCGAUGUCAACGCGCGGGACAGUGAGGGCAGUGGGAAUGUGCCGCUGCACUGGGCCGCAUGCUACGGUGACCGCGACGUCGUCGCCUGCCUGCUUGACAGAGGUGCUGAUGUAAAUGCCAUGAAUUCAUUUGGUGCUACUCCCCUUCACGAUGCAAUGUUCAGAGGAGAUGAAGAUAUUGUGGAGAUGCUUUUACAAGCUGGUGCAAAUCCUCUCAUACAGGCUAUUAAAGGGAAAUUUGCGGGCAAAACUGCUUUGGACAUGGCCUCGCAGAAGCGUGUGUUAAAAGAGUUGGUUGACAGAUACAUUCCACUUUCUUCAUCACCUGUGGAAUCCCCAUUGCCUGCAUCUGCUGGAGUCAAUGGUUUCAGCCAGCCGGCAGAGUCCGAAACGGAAGCCGACUCGUCCGGGCAGGAGCGCAGCAAGUCUGCGGAUUCCUCAGGGAGCGGGGGCGGAGCGACGGUCGGCACCAGCAACAUGGAGCCCGCGCGGGUGCCUGCACCCACUAAAGUGGCGGCUGUGCACCGUCGCGGGAGCCGGCCGCCGCGGCCUGCCCGCCAGUCCCACGACUACUUCCCCCCGCACCCUCUUCCUCUCCCCCAUCCCCACCCGUCCUUGUCUUCUGCAGCCUCUACUCUGAGUCUUGAUCUCGAUCCACAUAUCGACCAGCAGGCCAUCGAGAGCCUGUUGCGGACACACGUUGGGACAGUGCCGAUCCGGCCACUGGUGACGCACCCGGCACUGCACCUGCUGUGGCCACAGCCGGCCAGCACCCUCGAGCUGGAUGGCCCACCCUUCGUGCCUUCCAAGGACCUCGGCAUCUCUGUCAUACAGGGACCUGUAUCAGUGCAUAGGAUACUGGAUGUAUGGGAGGUGAGCCGGCCGUGCUUCCUGGCAAUGGGCUACGACGCACGGAUCGGUGACGUGCAGCCGAGCUGUGGUAGCUGGACUGGCCACCGUGUCGAGUGCCUCGUCAACCCGGAGCUUUUCAGCUCUGCGGACAGCUACCAGAUACAUGUCAGCUCUGAGAAGGUGCAGGUGUGGGCAGGCGGGCUGGCGGGCCUGCACUACGCUCUGGGCACGUUCGUGCAGCUGCUGCGGCUCGCGGGUCCCGAGGGGCAGCUGCCGCCAGUGUUGGUGCGUGACCGCCCCGCCGUGGCACACCGCGGCGUGCUGCUGGACGUCUCGCCGCAGGGUCGUGUGCCCGCACUCAACUCGCUGUUCCUCAUGGUUAACCUGUGGUCUUCCAUGAAAGUGAACUACCUACACUUAUACACCCGGCUGGUCCCUAGCAGUGAGUGGCAGCUCUGCUACAGCAGGAGCAACAUGGUGUCACUGGACCGGUACUGCCAGGACCGCUUCAUCACGGUGGUGCCGGUGCUGGACGUGGACAACAGUGCCGUCUACGACGACCUGGCCGACAUGUGGCCCAGCUUCCAGGAGAUACUCGCCAGCUUCCCCAACCUCAGAUACGUCCACGUCGGGCCGAAGCUGUGCAGCCUGCUGCUGCCGCCAGCCAAUGAGGGGGCAUGCGGGGGUGGCCGGGAGGGGGCGGCACGUCAGCUGUGGCAUCUGCUGUCACUACCGCCCUCCGUCACCCUCAUGCUGUGUGCCAACUCAUUGCAGCCAGCCGCACCAGCACUGCCUUCCAAUGUGGUACUCGUGCAGUAUGGCUUCCAGGCCGAUUACAACUUCGUGGAUGCCGCACAGGAUUACUACGCCAGAGGUGUAACUAUGUGCCUGUGUCCGGGAACAGCUAGUUGGAACAGUCUGGCGGGUUGUCCGGAGGCGGCAGUGUGCAACACGUACCGGGCAGCACGCGCAGCCGUGUCGACUGGCUCCCUGGGCGUCGUGGUAGCACACUGGUCCGGUUCGCAUCACCUGACACCCCACACCUUCGGCUGGCCCGGCUUCCUCGCCGGUUGUGGACUCGCCUGGAAUCCGGAUACGCAUUGGGACUACCUGCACAACUCGCUGCCCGACCUGCUGGACGCUCACGUCUUCCUCGACUCGGCGGGCGUAAUGGGUGCCGCAGUCGUCGGCCUGGGCCGCGCGGAGACGUACGUGACGUACGCGGGGCGUGAGCUCGGGGGUGGCGCCGAACUGGCUGACCUGCCCCCACAGGGGGGGUCGACGCUGUACCGCCUGCUCACGGACCCCGACAACGUUGCCCUGGACUGCCUCUCUGUUGACCUCUUUGCUCGCGUGACAAAGUACGUCAAGAAGUGCCAAAAUAUGUUUUUCCGUGCAAAACUGGAGUGCGAGUGUGCCGAGGUGAUCCUGCGGGAGGUGCAGCUCUCGGCCGACCUCCUGCUGACGGCUUGCAGAAUUGGAAGGACCCUCGUCACUGUAGGCAUGAAUCCUAAUAGCAACAUGGGCCUGGCAGUCAUCAACCUAGGAAUAUGCAACCUGCCUCCAACAUUCCGCACGGACAUUGCUAACAAGCUGCUGGCGCACAUCGAGCAAUACAAAGGGACGUGGCUGCAGAACCACCUGCCGGCCGGCCUGCAGGGCUCGCUGCUCGUCCUCACGUCAGCCCUGCACCGCUUCGUGCCUGACGAGACUCAGUCGUCGUAGCAGUGUGGAAUCGGGGUUUGGGUCCGACGUGACAGGCAAUGUACGAACUCCCACCGCAAUUACUCGGAUUGACAGUUUAAUCAUUAGAACAUGGUAGUUCGAGCAGCAUCCGCCUUCCGGUCAUAGUACCAAGUACACUCGAAGGUGUCUUGACGGGUGGAAGAGUUUACUUUUGCUAUGUUGCCGUUAGGUCCAGUGUUAGUCUUUACAUUUAUUGUUUUGUACAUUGAUUUAAAUGUUUGUUCUGCAAGCAAUAUUCUGUAAAGUUUUACUACAAAGAUAUUUGUUAGCUUUAAACUAUUUUUUAAGUUCUUUCCGCACUUAGAAUCGACAGAAGUUAUUUUUUUGUGGUUACUUAAAAUAUUAUAUUUUGAGCUGCAUUAUUUUUUUGUCCAGGUUUAUUGUUAAAUACAGAAGAACAGGUUAGGGAAUAGUGCUGUAGCAAACUUUUAGGUUGCAGUUCUCUAGGAAUUUAUUUUGUAAUUGUGGAAUAGAUUUAGAAUUUUACUUGUGUUAAAAUUUUAGUGAAUGAAGAUUGGUUGUUACUAUUGUUAUAAAAUUAAUUUUUUAAGUAUUAGAUAUCUGGCACCUGUGAUUUUUAUGCAUAUACUUUGCACUGAAACAUUCUCUGUUAUGAAGAAUAAUAUUCAGAAUAUUUAAAAAUUAUUAGAGUAUUUUGUUGUGACAUGAGGGAAGAAUGUAUUUGAAAUGAGAAUCCAAUUUCUGAGCCAAACUGAAUCGAAAACAUAAAUUUUUUGGUUGUAAGUCAUCCCGGAAAGGAAAAUACACGUUUCUGCAUUUUUUAGGUGCCGAAGAGCAGAGCAGUUAUUACUCGUCAAACAGAUGUCGGUUUGUUAGAGGAUGAACAGACUUGGCUAUUUUUGUAAAAAAAUACAGAAAUCACUUGUUGUACUUGCCAAAAUUUUUCCUGUCCUUAAGCUGUCUGAAAUGAGUGCAGUAAUUUGAGCAUCUCUGGACGGUCUCCGUCUACACGGUCAGAAUGACAGCAAAAGCAGUCAGACUGUGCAUUUUCACUGGCAGUAUGUAGAGAAUACAUCAACUUUGUAGCCAUUUGUGGUACCCCCCUCCCCAAAACAGUCUUGUUUCAGCCAGGAGCUUGUAUCGCUGUUCAGCAGCAGUAACUAGUUUCCUGUGUCUGUCCACUCAAAUUGCAUAACUGUGAAACGAAUAUGUUAGAUCUGAAAUGACUAGCAUGUGAAUUUUCAGUUAAAUAGAGAAAUCAUAAUGUGUGAAGACAUUUGUGUUGCUUUGUGCCUCACGCUUCUCGCACCUCCUUACACGCCCUCCUCAACCCCCACUGGCCUCUGCUUCCUAUUCCAUACUCAAUUCUAGAGUGGUGGACAGAUUGUGACAACUCGAGCAUCUGUGUAAUGUCUCAUAAAUAGUAAUCGAUGUGUCCCGACCUCAUGGUUCUCGUAAGUGACUUUUGUCAUUUAAGGAAAGCUUGUUAAUAAGAAGACUGAAUAUUGAGUAUUUUAUUAUCUGUUUUCAUGUUUCAUAAUGACAUUUACAAAUAUAUUAACAUUCCAAAAAAGCGUUGUCCUUCUGUAUGUGCCCUAUGUUAUAUUUAUUAGUGUUGUAGUGUAUACUGUUUAUAAUUGCCUCUGUUGAUACUUUCUCUGAUAGGAUACAAUAGCUGAUAAAAAGAUGAAUACAGUAUUGUGGAACGUGUUUGUGUCCUCAUGUGAUGAGUCGGCACAGUGCGGGCAUACUUUGCCCUCACAUUUUUAAGGUUUUUAUGUGAAAAUUUCACGCCAAAUGUCAUGUAUCACCUUUUACUAAUGUUCAUUAGCUUUUAUUCACUGUUGAAAAUGUUCCUUUGAAGAAAGAUAUAGUCUGUUCAGUUUACUUGAUAAGAGCAAUUCCCACAAAAGGCAAGUUUCUGCAUUUAGUACAUGUUCAGUGUGGAUGUUAUGUGAUGACCCGUACUGUGCAACAUUGUGAAAGAAUCAUUCCAGGUACAAUUAAGUAUUAACCAUUGUACAGGUUGUCCAUGAUUAUCUUUACAGAUUUGGGAUUUUAUAACUUUAAAGAUAAAGGUAAUAACAAGUGGUUUUCAACAAGUGAUAGUUAAUUCAUAUAGAGUGAGUGAGUGAGUUAGUUAGUUGUUUUAGUUACGGUAUCCCACAUUAAAAACCAGUUAUUAUCUGGGUUAGUUUUGGAUUGAUUAAAUCCUAAAAUUGCAAAGAGAAAUUAACGGACACCUUGUACUUGCCCAGUUGUGUAAUUUCAUCUACAACAAAACUCAUUUUGACAUUUUACAAUUUUUAACCUUUGCAGCCAAAUUGUUGUUUUCCCUGUAUAGAGUAUCUCGGCAGCUCGCACUGCUGCCUCCGACAGUUGUCGGCUACAGAAUUUGUCGCUCGCUCUGUGGGCUCUGACAGAACGGUGAAUGGAACGCACUUCAUGCUGCCCUGGUAGUCCUUUUGUGUGACAGUUGCUAGGCUGGUGCUAAUGAUGUUCCAUUCACAUUUUUGUAGGUGUCCAUAAAUAAUCAAGCAAUAAAAAGUCUGAUGAACCAUAAAUUCCACCAUGAAAGCGCGAAGAACCGUCUACCUCAUUUUGAAAUCUCAGACAUUUUAUGAAAUAUUAGGGCUGUGAAUGAUACGUGAGAUGAGAUGCUGUCUAUGUGAUUUUCGUAGGUUCAGCAGAUUGAUGUUGAACUAUGAAAACCUUGGAUGAGAUAAUAGAUAUUUGCAUUUACAGUAAAAGUUGUACAGAAAACGGUGUAUGAAAGCUUAAGACAAGUUUGUGUGCACAGUAUUAGUGGCUCAUCAUCUUUUGUUAAUAAAUAUUGAUAUCUGUACAAAAUUCUAACAACUAUGUGUAUAAGUGGAAGUAUCCUAAUGCAGGUAAAAUCUUCUCUUUGAGUAUUUGGUGUUGGCCACUGCAAUAUUAGAUGUGCUGUUAACUCGUGAAAUCACUCACAUACUUUGUCUUUGAUAAAGAGAGUUGUUUGUUUGUUUAAAGACUGCCUGAAUUUAGUGUACUACAGUCUCAUCUAAAGAAAAAUUUGCUCGUGUUGUCAGGCCACUGAUCAUUCAGUACAUAGCGCAAGCCCCACUUGUACGUUACAAUUCAUUAAUGACCAUAUUGUCCGUCAAACAUCCGUUUUUGAGUUUUCUGGGACAAGGCAAAAUCUGAGGUUCCUGACAUUAAUGUGUGUACUUUACAGGAAAAUUUUAAUCGUGUGUGCUUUCUUUGGGGCACUUGCUGUCACAUUGAAUCACUGUAACAAAUAAUGUCAACAUUGUCUGUAUGGUUGAAAUAAAAGCAAUGGUGGGGAAAAAAUAAACUGUUUUCAAAAUUCAGUAGUUGUAUUGACAUUAGGAACGAGACGAUAAUGUGAAAUGUCGUGUCCGAAAUGUACAAUCGAGUGGAGGAUACAGUAUUAUCAGGAGAAAUAGUAUGAUAGCAGAGACUGCAAUAGGCUAUAGAAUGAAGUAGGCCUUUCUGCACAUUUUUCGUGUCGUAAGUGAAGUGUGGAAGUGACAUUCAAUUUGCAGAGUUCUCUCUCUCAAUUUCUCACACAAAUUUUUGUUUCUCUUACAGUAUCCCUAAUUGCACAUUAACAACAGUAAAGACCUUAGGGAAGCAUAGUAGUCUUUGUGUGAUACUAUCAGUUAUUUGGCUAAUUUGCCUUAGAAGUGCAGCUCUUUUGUCCUACUGUCUACACUACAUUUUUGUCUCAAAAGUUUGGCCCAGCUCUUUUAAGACUAUUUCAGUAAACUUCUUUAGCCCUGUUUUAAGUUUUGUUUUUAUUUAGGUGACAAGUUCGACAGUCUCCCACUGCUCUUCCUCUUGGGUCAUCUGCCCCUUUGAACAUAUUAGGUCCUGAAAGUUCAGAUUUUUACAUUCUCAGACUACUGCACAUUUUCGGAAUCGGAAUGCCAUUCUGUGACCUACAGUAGAUGUGGGUGUUGAAACCUUUUCAUCACUGUGGGAGUGCUAUCUGAAUAUGGCAGGAGAGACCUGGUGGACAAGAACUGUAUUUCUUUAUUUCUUUACAUUUGGUGACAAAAGUAGUCCAGUGAAAAGAUGAGAACUCAUUUAACAGAUAAAUUACGCGAGGCACACAGGAACAGAAAGAUGAGGUAAUCAUUUACAGCUUUCAUACAUCCAUUUUUCUUCCGCCUCUGAUAAAAAGAAUGUAGAGAGACUGAUGCAGUAAUAGACAUUAAUUGCAUUAUUAUUUUAUUAGUUAAUAAGGAAAUAUGAUUUCUUUUGAAGCAUACAGAUCAUUCCUUUUUCUGUGAAAUAAUUUCAAUCACACACAUUUGUGAUGUGUUAUUUAGCUGUCCUUUACUUUAGUGGAAGUAUCCAACUCUUCACAUUUUGUCAUUUUCCUGUUAUCGUUUUAUUACCCUUCAGCACAAAAAAUUACGACCUCAGGUACUGAAUAUCUAAGCAACUCCUCCCCCUCUAAUUUUUCUCUGGUUAAUGUGGCAGGCCUUCGAGUUUCAUAAAUUACCCAAAGAAAGUCCUGUCUUUGAGAUUUACAUAUAAGGUUCCCAGAAAGUCAGUGGAUGACACUUAUCGGAUUUCUAAAUCUUGAGAGGAAUGCAGGUUUAAAAAUCAUUUUGGCAACAGUCAAACUAACGUUGUGUUUUGAUUACAUAUUUACUGAGUUCAUUUGACUAUUUUUCUAAAUAACAAAUACCCCAGUUUUCGUUGCAACUAACGAGUUGUCUGUUUCCUGUUUGGCAACUUCCAAAAUACCACUGGAGGAUAUUAAAAAAAAGUGGAAAGUGAUAUGUGGAUCAUUGGACGGUGCACAGUACUUUUCUCAGAUUUCCUGUUGAUCAUAGCAGUGUUACACUAGUGAAACUGAAUGCCCGAACAAAAUUCAUAGUUUGUUUGAAACAAAAUAGUUAAACAGCUUUGGUCAAAUUAAGAUGAGUGAGAAUUCUGCUUAUCACAAAAAGUAGUGGCAGCAAUCAUUAUUAAGUAAAAUCAUUGUGCAUGGAAAGUUCUGUCCUCCCUUUUUCAAAUCACAAAUUGAGCAGCUUAAAAACGACCAUACAUUCAGGAUGGGAUGUGAAGUGUCCUUCCUCUGCCGGUUCUGCCAGGCACUUAAGUGGGAGCAUCGGGGCUCCACGAAACAUAGUGAUGACUCAUGGGGAACGGUGUGGUGAUUUCAGUCUUCACAUGACAUUGGCAGUCGAUGAACAAUAGCAUUUAUCAUCUGUUACAAAGCUGACCAGAAAUGAACUGUCUAAAGUAAUAGGAACCAGUAGCUAUUGGUCUUACACUUUUUACACAAUAAAAAUAUGCUUUGUCUAAUUUAUGAGUCUUUUGUUACAGUCGUAGACAUAUUUAUAAAUUUUGCUGUUUGUGUGUAUGUUAUGAUGAGAAUGAAUAAAGAAACUUUACAAAAUAUUAAUAUAGAAAUAACUUUUGGAAGCUCCUCGUGGAUAAGAAGAGUAAGAUCAAUUCUCGGUCACUUCUUAUAAAUUUUUGACCGUCGUCAGGUCCACUGGCAUUAGACUGCCACGUGUCUCUUGUCGUACAGUCAUCCUCUUCCAUUUCCUAUUUUGACAUAGCUCUCGUGGCAGAUUUUUUUUUUUUUUCCUCCCAUCACAUUUUCUUUCAAAACCAAUAACAGUAGAAAAUAUACGUUUUUAUGUACAUUAUACAUUGUUCUUCUGUACAGUUUUGAAACAAAGGAACGUGAACAGUUUCAUCAUCUCGUAACAAUAUUGCGUCAACAAAUCUUUUAUGAUCACAGUAUUUUCAAUCAAUAAAGAACACUUUUCAUUUGAAUGUCUGAAUUUCUUUGUUAAUGCAAUAUAUUUUAUGAAUAAGUUUCAUUUUAAUGUAGUGAUAACUUAAUUUUCCUUUUUGGUUAGGGUAUAUGUUGCUAUCUCUUUGAAAGAUGUAUCUUAAUUAUAAUCAGUGAGACUGAGGCAGCGAGGAUUCAUGAAGUGUACUAGCCUGCGCAGUGUUGGUAGUGUUUCAGUCAUAGAAGCAGCAUUUUGGCAAUAUCGUGAAGCAGUCUUUCUGUUAAGUUUAGAUAUUUG